AUGUCCGUCUACACGACACCCGGACGGUACAAGCUCGAGGCGCUGGUGCUCACUGUCGCUGGCGAAAUUCUUCGCAGCACCGAUACUCACGUCGGUCCCUCCGUGCUCCUGGGGCUAGCCAGCCGGUUGGCCAUGCACGCGGGCUAUCACCGCGACCCGCGCCAUUACCCUGGAAUCUCGGUGUUUGAGGGCGAGAUGCGCCGUCGCGUGUGGAUGUAUCUCUCGCUUCUCGAUCACUACAUCUCCCUGCAAGCCGGUCUACCGCCGACGACCAUCCAGUCGCAAUCCGACACCGCCGAGCCGCACAACCUGACCGACGAUGACCUGGAUCCGUCGAUGCCGGCACUGCCCGCGCCCCGACCACCGACCGAGAAGACGCAUAUUCUCUUUCCCACCACCCUGAAUCGCAUCAUGUUUGUCGGCGCCGAGAUCAUCGGCAAGGUGUGUUCCGUCCGGGGCGUUCCUUAUCGUGAGGUGCGGCGGCUGGACGCGACCCUCCGAAAGCUGCAGGCGACGGUUCCCCCGCCGCUGCGAUUCCAGGCGCUGAGUGACUCGAUCGCCGACGCGCCCACCACCAUCAUGGACCGCUAUAAUAUCGAGCUGAUGUACCAGAAGGCGCGCUGCGAUCUGCAUCGGCGGUAUCUGGCCCAGCAUCGACUGGACCCCAAGUACGCGUAUUCACGCCGGGAGUGCCUAGACGCCGCGCGCCGCGUACUGCAGCAUCAAUGCGAUAUCUUCGACGCUAGCAGUCCCGGCGGCCAGCUGGGCUACGCCUCCUUCUUCUUUUCGCCCGUCGUGGUCAUGCACUUCCGCUCCGCCGCGAUGUUGGUGUCGUUGGAGAUUGCCUGCCAGUCGCGGCACGACCUCAAGCAGAGUCUGUCGGCCGACCAGCGACAGUCGAUCCUCGCGGAACGAGCGCAGCUCUCGCACGAUCUAGAACGGUCGUACGCUAUCUGGAACCAUCUACGACACCAGUCCAAAGAAGCCCUGAAAACGGCCGAGGCGCUCCAGAUCAUGCUGAAGAUCGCCAACACCCACCUGCAGCAUGGGUCCACUCCGGGGCAAGACGAGUCUGCGGCAAUGGGAAGCUUCAACAGCCAGGCCCUGGCCGAGACCUUCACUCCCAGUGAUCAGGAUCAUCAGGAAUUGUUGCUUGACACUCAUAACACCAGCCCCUUGGAUGUCGACCUCAUGGAUGCGACCUUCUAUCUGGGGCAGAGUGCGACGGACCAGGCCCCAGGCACGCGAUUCGCCGGGUCCACCGACGUCGUGGAUUUCUAUGAUCGGUACUGGGAGAACCUGAUGUUGUUAGGAGGGGACCAAGGUUUUAAUGACUUUGCUCUGGAUGGUUAUAAUGCGAAUCUUCCCGAGUCCAGCCUUCCCUAG